AGGAGCCUCCUUCUCAGUUCACGUGGCCAUGCAGUGAGGUAUCUAAUGGCUUCCAGGGUAGGACUUUCCACGUGAGAAGGGAAUUUUUGUUUUUUUAGAAGACAAGGCCUGGACAUUUGGAAGGAGAGAAAAGAGUUUCCCACGGAGCAUGGCCUCGGCCAACGAUGGAGACGUGAAUGAAAGACUUGCCCCCAUUAAACAAGACGAUUGUGAGUGGGAUGCCCCCGAUGGCUUCUGCAUAAAGCAAGAGGAUUGUGAGGGCAGAAUUUCAGUUUUUAAGGAGGAGGGGGAACUCAUUCGGUGUAAAGUGGAGGAUGCCGAGGAUUUCUCAGUUACCUUUGAACUUCUAAAGCAGGAGACUGGCCAUAUUUUCAAGCAAGAGAUUUGUGAAGAAUCUCCUUCCACUUUACAGCCCCAACGAGCAGCCCUGCAGAAUUCUGUGGCACUGAAAUCUGAGACAGAAUGGGAGUUUGAAGAGAAAGUCAGUGAAGGACACAGGAAAGAAGAAGAAGGAGGAGAAGAAGAAGAGCAGUCAUCUCGGAGUGUGGGAACAAAAUUCCAGAAGAAUGUGUGCUUCCACCCAAAUUCAUCUGCUCCAGCUUCUCUUCAUUGCAGACUGCAAGAGAAACGAAACAAGGCGAAGAGAAAGAAUUCAACAAGAGGAUCAAAGAAUUUGACAGCAGUCUCUUUGCAGUGUAGUUCUCAUCCCAUAAUAGAAGCAAUCGGCACUGACCAACAAAAAGUGCAAAACACAGACUACAAGGAUGUGUAUGCUGACAAAGAAUGUGGACAAACUUUUAAAAACAAGUCUGUAUGUGAAGAUGUCAAGUCGAUUAAUACAAGAACAAAGACAUUUAGCUGUUCUGAGUGUGGUAAAAUAUUCCUCCAUAAGAGCAGACUUCAGGCACACAUAAGAAUUCAUACUGGAGAAAAACCUCAUAGCUGCUCUGAAUGUGGCAAAAAAUUCAUUAAACGUAGCUGUCUCCAGAGACACAUAAGAAUUCAUACUGGAGAGAAGCCAUAUUGCUGUUCCGAGUGUGGCAAACGGUUCACCAUAAGUAGCCAUCUUCAGAGCCACAGACGAACUCAUACUGGAGAAAAACCAUAUUGUUGUUCUGAAUGUGGAAAAAGAUUUUCUGACAGUUACAGUGUCCAAAUCCAUGCAAGAAUUCACACUGGAGAAAAACCCUAUGGCUGUGCUGAAUGUGGAAAACGAUUCAUUAAACAUAGCUCUCUUCAAAGUCACACAAUAAUCCACACUGGAGAAAAGCCCUAUUGCUGUUCUGAAUGUGGAAAACGAUUCAUUAAACAUAGCUCUUUUCAGAGUCACAAAAGAAUUCAUACUGGAGAAAAACCAUAUGGCUGUUCCGAAUGUGGCAAACAAUUCACUGUCAGUAGCUAUCUUCAGAGCCACAAAAGAAUUCAUACAGGAGAGAAGCCCUAUGGCUGUUCUGAAUGCGGCAAACAGUUUUCGCAAAGAAGCCAUCUUCAGACUCACAAAAGAAUUCACACAGGAGAGAAGCCAUAUGUCUGUUCCAAAUGUGGCAAACAGUUUCACACAAGUAGCACUCUUCAGAGGCAUGACCGAAUUCAUACUGGAGAGAAGCCAUAUGGCUGUUCUGAAUGUGGCAAACAGUUCUCCUAUAAUCACAGUCUUCAGAAUCACUUAAGAAUCCACACUGCUCAGCAGUUGUGAACGAGGCAAAAGAUUUUCCUAUAGUGGCAGCCUUCUCAAUCCUUACUUCUGAUUUCUGAUUCUCACUUUUAAGUAAUUUUGGUUACUACUCGGGGAUCCACAGUGAAGAGAAGUCUUAUUGUUGUAAUGUGGUAAGUGAUUCUCAACCAAGAGUGGAUUUCAGUAAGUUGAAGGGUAAAGAAUGUUGUAAUGGAGGGAGGGAGAACUUCACAGGGAAUGGUAACGUAAUUUGUCAAGUUAAAAAGUGUUAAAUGGACCCACAAAAGUCCUUUGUACUGGGGCACAUCUUUGAGGAAUUAAAGGUGCCCAAUCCUGCCUCAGUAUAGGUGAGAGUGAUAAUGCAACAUCUUCAGAUGAAGAGAAGAUGACCUCGAAUGUGGUGACAGUCCAGAUAUACAGUGGAACAGACAAGAACAGAAAAGGGCAACUUGCGCAAGAAAUUUAGAGUUCUGGGCAGGGUCCAGGGGACAACUAAACACUAAGAGGAGAAAAUGUACUGAUACUGUUAGGCAAAAGAAAAAUUCAGAAUGUCCAACUAAAAGAAGGCUAUCUCAUCUGUGUUGAAGGCAAUGAAGUGGUGCAGGCAGAUGGGAAAACAUAUUUUCAUCAAACUCAGUUGGUUCACAAACAGCAUGGCCAUUGUUAAAACAACUCAGCAGUGCCAUUAUUUUGUAAGACUGCUGAACAAUAACUGGUUUGACACAGCAGCCCCUCAGUCAUGUCCAUAAAGGUCUCACAAAGAGCAUACUGGCAAGAGGCAUCCUUGUGUUGUUUGGAAGUUCCACACAAGAUGAAAGGAACACUGCACUGGGGGGUGGGAGUUACUGGUUUGCAUUCUUCCUCCAUUGAGACCUUGUGAACCCACCUCUAUAGGCACAGAUCAGUGGCAAUCCAUAGAGACCCUUAUCAUCCAGGAGAUUCUCUGCUCAAGUGAAGGAAAUAUGGGGUAACCUCAGAAAUCGAUGGCCAGAGAGCUGUUUGUAUGAAAGCUUUUUCCCAACAGCAAACAGAAUAGCUUCUAAAGACAUUCAGGCCAUGGACAAGUAUGUUCAGGUGUCACCUUAACACAAAACACCUGGUUUGUCUCUUGUAUGUUAUGUUUCUCUGGCUGACUGACAGAGCCACAUGAGAUUCCAGUGUACUUAUGAACUCAUUAUUCCAUUCUCAUGGCUUCUGGUUGUGCUUUCUCUGUAUUAUGUCUCCUUUUGCCGUUCUUUGACAAUAGUAUCCUUCUUCUUUAUCUUUCGGCUGCUCUCGUCUGGGGUCGCCACAGUGGAUCAUCUUUCUCCAUAUCUUCCGGUCCUCUGCAUUUUGCGUUGUCACACCUACAACCUUCAUAUCUCCAUAAACCUUUUCUUAGGCCUUCCUCUUUUCUUCUCACCUACCAGCUCCAUCCUUAUCACCCUCCUCCCAAUAUACCCCUCAUCUCUCCUCUGCACAUGUCUAAACCAACACAAUCUCACCUCUCUAACUUUGUCUCUCAACUGUCCAACUUGAGCUAAACCUCUAAUGUCCUCAUUUCUAAUCCUGUCCAUCCUCAUCACACCCAAUGCAAAUCUUAACAUCUUUAACUCUGCUACCUCCAGCUCUGUCUCCUGUGCCACCGUCUCCAGGUCAUAUAACAUAGCUGGUCUCACUACCGUCCUGUAGACCUUCCCUUUCACUCUUGCUGAUAUCCGUCUGUCACAAAUCACUCCUGACACUCUUCUCCACCCAUUACACCCUGCCUGCACUCUCUUCUUCACUUCUCUUCCACACUCCCCAUUACUCUGUACUGUUGAUCCCAAGUAUUUAAACUCAUCCACCUUCACCAACUCUACUCCCUCAUCCUCACCAUUCCACUGACCUUCCUCUCAUUCACACACAUGUAUACUGUCUUUUUCCUACUGACCUUCAUUCCUCUCCUCUCAUAUCUCCAUCUCUCCAGGGUCUCCAGAACCUGCUCCCUACUAUCGCUACAGAUCACAAUGUCAUCAGCAAACUUCAUAGGCCACGGGGACUCCUGUCUAAUCUUGUCUGUCAACCUGUCCAUCACCAUUGCUAAUAAGAAAGGGCUCAGAGCCGAUCCCUGAUGUAAUCCCACCUCCGUCACUCCUACCACAGACCUCACCACUGUCACACUUCCCUCGUACAUAUCCUGUACAACUCUGACGUACUUCUCUGCCACUCCAGACUUCCUCAUAUAAUACCACAGCUCCUCUCUCCUCACCCUGUCAUUUGCUUUCUUCAGGUCCACAAAGACACUCCUUCUGGCCUUCUCUAAACUUUUCCAUCAACAUCCUCAGAGCAAACAUCUCAUCUGUGGUGCUCUUUCUUGGCAUGAAACCAUCCUGCUGCUCGCUAAUCAUCACCUCACUUCUUAACUGACCUUCUACUACUCUUUCCCACAACUUCAUGCUGUGGCUCAUCAGUUUUAUCAAUCUGUAGUUACUACAGUCCUGCACAUCACCCUUACUCUUGAAAAAAAUAAAAUUAACUGUUAAGAAUAAACUUAAUUAUUAAUUUUUUACAUUUUAAUUAAUUACGAUUAAAAUUAUUACAUCACAUUAAUCUUAAGGUAAUUCCAUGUCAGAUCAUUCCACUGUUGGACAUCAUCGUCACAGAUUUUAACAAAACUUUCAGCCUGCUGAUUUGGCCCUGGGAGUAACCCUUGAAACUGAA